GUCAUUUUGUCGACUUUCGUACUUGAUAGAUUCACAAACAGCCAACAUUCACCUCGAAAGAAAUUGUACUCUAUACUAUCAUGACAUUUGUACAUAUCACAUUUAUUUUGUUCUCCCCGUGCGAAACAUAGUUCGAGGUCGAGGUGUCGAGGUUAACGAAGAACAAACAAAAAACAGCAGAGACCCUCCCCAAAACAAAAAAGAAAUGUCAUCCGACCACGAUCCGGAAAGGAGGCCUCUUUUAUCCACCUCCAAUGGCCACACGACAGGUCCAGGUUCAGGUGGUCGGACGGAGACGACUGGUCGAGCAAACCCGUCGUCGUUGUCGAACAGCACCGCCACCACCGAGACACAAAACCCCAAGCUCUCCAGGGUCCGGGGCACGCUCAUCUGCCUGUCGGUCUGGGUCCUCAUCUUCAUCCUCACCAACAACGUGUCCUUGAUCACGACGAUCCAGUCGCCCAUCGCCGUCGCUCUGGACGCCUCGACCGAGGUGAGCUGGUUCACCUCGGCCUACCUCAUCGCCGUGACGAGCAUCACCCCCGUGGCGGGCCGGCUGUGCGCCAUCUUCACCCCUCGCGUCUACCUGUUGGCCUCGAUCGUCGUGCAAACCUGCGGCCUCUUGAUCACCUCACAGGCUCGCUCGUUGGGCUCGUUCCUGGUCGGCCGCGCCGUCACCGGAGUCGGGAGUGCCUCCGUCACCCCCGUGGCCUUCAUCUUGGUCACCGAACUCACGAGCCCCCGGAGGCGAGGGUUGUUUUUCGGGUGCAUCAACACCGGCUACACCUCUGGGGUGGCGUGUGGAGCGAUCAUCGCCGGAGCCCUGGAACCGCUGGUCGGUUGGCGAGCCGUGUUCUGGCUUCAGAUCCCUUUCGCGUUGUGCGCGGCCCUGGUGGCUUUCUGGUCGAUCCCGGCCACUCCGGCGGCGGCGUCGUCGUCGUCGUCGUCGUCACGACCUGACAACCAAGAACCAUCAACGUCGACGAAAGACGACUCUCUCGGCACGAGACUCUCCCAGAUCGACUACUUUGGCGUCAUCACCAUCAUCGCCGCCGUGGUCUUGUUGCUUUACAGUCUAUCUUCACCACAGAUCCAAAUCACGCCCAUCGUCCUGUCCUUGGCGUCCCUGGUCUUGUUCGUCCUGGUCGAGGCCAACUGGGCCAAACGACCCAUCGUGCCCGUGUCGGUCCUCGAAUCGCGAGGCAACAUCCUCACCGGCGUCGCCACCAUCGGCGUCAUGACGGCCCGGUGGGGGGUCCUGUUUUACACUCCCACGUACGUCUUGACCCUGAGAGGCUGGUCUCAGGCCAGUGCCGGUUUGACUCUGAUCCCGACCAACUUGGGGUUCGGGCUGGGCGGGCUUUUGGCCGGGUGGCUACACAUCCGUCGCACGGGCAGUUUCUACGUUUCGUGCCUGGUGACGUUUGUCCUGUUCGCCCUCUCCAUGUUCGCCGUGUCUUGGAUCUCGACCCCAAACUCCAACAUUUAUGUGUACAUUGUGGUCUUGUUUCUGAACGGCUUCCUGGUCGGAGCGCUGCUCAACUACUCCCUCGCCCACGUCCUGCAUUUGACGAUACCCGCGACUCACAUCAUCGUCAUCCCGCUCAACGCCAUGUUCCGUAGCCUCUCGGGAUCCUUUGGGUCGUCGGUCUCUGGUGGUUUGUUCCUGAGGACGCUAGCCACCACGUUGAGCGACGAGUUUGCCAAACGAGGCGUCACGGGAAAGGAAGGCCUGAUCAGACAAUUGAUCGGGACGCCCAUCCUGGUUCAGAGGUUGACGGGCGUGGAGAAAGAGGUGGCCAAAAUCGGGUACGAGACCGGGUUGAAGACCGUGUACCUCGCCGGUGGUUGUUUGGCGGUCGUCAUGUUGGUGGUCCAGGCCGGUGUGGGAUGGACUGCACCGGACCUCGGCAAGGGUGAGGGACAUGGUGGUGGUGGUGGUGGUGUUGAUGACGGGGAAGGCAGAGAAGAGAGGAUCGGUGGAGAUGUACUUUCACCUGUUGUUUCUAGGGAGACGUGAAUUAUUUUUCAACACAAUGGACUAGGUACUUCGAUGGGUGGAUGUUUGGAUAUAUCACGGACUCAAUACAAGGGCAGGAACAUGUGUAGGUAUAAGAAAAAUGACAAAACAAGAUACAUAGAAUAGAUUUGUACAUGAAGAUUCCAACAUUUGAG